GUACUUAUGGAGUUUACCAGGUUGCCGUUACCCGCACUUGUUCCGAACCGGCCAAAGUCAUUCAACGAGAAGAUGAAAUAUGAUGAAUAUGAUGCAUCCAAGGAAUUCUCGGUUGACAAUGAACUUGAAACUGCAUCCGGAACUGAUUUUAAGAUAAUCAUGGACGAAUCGAGGCCAAGAAAAAUCAGUCCAGCAGGUGUCGGACGAAAUGUUGCUCGAAGUGUCAUGACACCUGGCAGGUAUAAAAACGAAAAUUCUAAAAUUUUUUGCUUUAACUCCUUGUUUUGUGAUGCUUCGGGAAGGGAUUUAGGUCCUCCGAGCAGCCUUCAAUUUGUUAGACAUGAAGACUAUGAAAAGGUGUACGUGGAACUUCAUAAACGCUAUGCCGUAUGGGAAGCGGAUAGGCUCGAGAAGGACAACACUAAGUUAAAUGAUGAGAAUAAGAGGAUGAAGUCAGAGGAUAAAAAAUUGGAAGACGAGAACGAUGCAUUAAAGUCAACCAUAACCCAAUUGGAGGUGACCAUCUCUG